AUGCCAACUCAAGAAGAUCAUGGAUUUAAGUAUAUAAUGGUGUAUCAAAACCACUUGAUAAAAUUUGUUUUGUUACAUGCACUACAAAGCAAGACAGCAGAGGAAGUGGCACACCAUUUAGCAGAUAUAUUUUUGACAUUUGGUGCUCCUUGUAUUUUACACUCUGACCAUGGCAGAGUCUGUCAAACGAGCUGGCUGUAUUUUGGCCUGAGUGUAAACUGGUUCACAAAAACCGAGUUUAUGAAAAAUUGGGCAUAUCAUUCUGGUAUCAAGCAAACACCUUACAAAGCUAUGUUUGGCACAGAACUACGAUUAGAGCUUAUAACUUCGAGUUUGCCUCUAGAUGUUAUUAAGGAGAUAGAAGAUGAAGAUGAUGUUAAAGAGGCUUUAAAUAAAAUUAAUGUGGUAGAAGCAGUAAAUGAGACAUUCAAUGAACUGGAACUAUCACACAACCCAGAGGAGAUAGCGGUUAUGGCUAGUAGCAAUGGACAGAUUACAGCUGCAGCCAGACAAGAAGAUGCAGAAGCUUUGCCCAGUACAAGUAUACAGUCUCCAACAACAGCAGCAGCCAAUCAAAAGGAUCCAGAAGCCAUAGCUAGUAGAAGUUCAGAGCCUCAAAUAACUCCAGCUUGUCACGAAGAUCCAGAAGCUGAAGCUAUUAUGAAAUGA